AUGGAUAAAGCAUGUAUUUCGUCUGAUAGGUUAUCUGAUGCAUAUGAAGUGGGUGUAAACAUCUUUCUAGACUUUGAACAAAGUAAUGAUCCAAAUUCAUAUCUUAUUCGAUGUCCUUGUAUACAUUGUAUUAAUUUGUGGCACCACUCAAUUCAGACCGUGCGCUAUUAUCUGUUUGCCUAUGGCUUCGAUGAAAGUUAUAAGGUUUGUUCUUUCCAUGGAGAAAGACAACCCAAGCUUGAUUCUAGAUGCCCUAACAAAUCUAUUCCUCCCGAAUUUGAUUAUACAAGAGAUAUGCUAUAUGUUGCCUUCAGAGAUGUAGAAAAAGAUUCCGAUUCAUUGAAGUCACUUCUUGAAGAAUGUGAGAAGCCACUUUACGUAGGGUCAAAGUAUAAUGCACUUAGUGGAUUAUUGAAAUUCCAACAUAUCAAGGGUCAAUUUGGGUGGUCUGAGGCUAGUUUUGAAGUAUUGUUAGGUGCCCUAAAAUAUGUCUUACCAUUAAACAAUAGAAUACCUAACUCCCUAUAUGAUGCCAAGAAAUUGCUAAAAGGAGUAGGUCUACAAUAUGAAAAAAUUCAUGCAUGUGAAAAUGAUUGUGUUCUAUUCUGGAAAGAACAUAAGAAUGCUUCUCAAUGUCCAACUUGUGGCACAUCUCAUUGGAAGAAGAAUACCAAAAACGUACCUUCGAAAGUUUUGUGGUAUUUCCCUCCCAUCCCCAGAUUUAAGAGAAUGUUUUCGUCACCAGAAAUGGCACAAAACUUAACUUGGCAUGCACAAGGUCGGGCUAAUAACGGUAUGCUAAGUCAUCCUCGCGAUUCCCCCUCUUGGAAGCUUGUUGAUAGAACGUGGAAAGAAUUUGGAGAAGAAAAACGGAAUCUUAGAUUAGCCUUGUCCGCUGAUGGUAUCAAUCCUCACAAGUCAUUAAGUUCCAAGCAUAGCUGUUGGCCGGUUAUCUUAAUAACUUAUAAUCUACCCUCUUAUUUGUGCAUGACAAGAAAAUUCAUGAUGUUGACUCUAUUGAUAUCAAGUCCAAAACAACCUGGUAACAAUAUUGAUGUCUACUUGGCACCAUUGAUAGCAGAUCUAAAACUCUUGUGGGAAACUGGCGUGAAGACAUAUGAUGUUUAUAAGAAAGAAUACUUCAAUCUAAGAGCAAUAUUACUUUGGACUAUAAAUGACUUUCCUGCAUAUGGUAAUCUUUUGGGGUGUGUUACCAAAGGUUAUUAUGCGUGUCCAAUAUGUUCAGAGAAUACUUGUUCACAGUGA